AUGAGGUGUUGUGUAAAAUCAUGCAAGAAUGACUCAAGACAAAUAUCUAAAUCCCAGGGGAUUACAUUUCACGUAUUCCCAACUGAAACAAAACUUCGGCAAGCCUGGUUGAAAGCAUUACACAAAGAUUCAUGGUCACCAAAGGAGAGAAGUGCUGUUUGUUCCGACCAUUUUCUGAAAGAGGAUCUAUAUAUCACAAAGAAUGGUUUGAGGAAAGUUAAGAAUGGAGCUGUGCCAUUUGAUGAUAUCAAAGACAAUUUUAAUCAAAACACAAUUAAUUUAAUGAUAUGCAGAAUAUGUCUUGGUACAGAUGUGAAACUGCUACCAAUUGGUAAAUAUGAUUUGGAGCAAACAUAUGAACAUGUUACGGGAUAUACUAUAAGUAGAGAGGACAAUCUGCCACAGUUUAUUUGUAGUGAGUGUGCACACAGAUUAACAACAUGUAGGAAAUUCAAAACAAAGUGUCACAGGUCAAGAACCUUACUAUUGGACCUAGCUACAGAUAAUAAUAUAAGUUUAGACAGUAUAAGAACAAUAGACAGACAAACAUACGAUUUAUCAUCAAAUUUAUCAUCACAAGUACUAGAUCCAGACAAUAUAAUCUGUUUCGAAUACACUCAAAUAGAUGGACAUACAAACAAGAUUAUUGAAAACGUAAAUGUAGAUGUAAAGUCUGAUGAUGUUUUCGCACAAGAGCUUGACAAUGACUUCGAUGAUGAUUACAAUGAUGAAACUGUAAUUCUCAAAGAAAAUGCUGAUAGUAAUGACAAAGAAGAUAACUUUAGCGAUACUAAUGUAAUUCAUAAAGAUGCUGACUAUAAUGAUGUAGAUGUCAGUUUCAAUGAUAAAGAUACUGGCCUUAAUGAUAAAAAUAAUGACUUAAACGCUAAAGACGCGGACUUUAAUGAUAAAGAUGUUGAAUAUUCAACGGAUGAUAGUUUACCGUUGCAAGUGCAGAGGAAAAAGCGGAAAAAAGCUGGAAAGACAGUGAAAAAUGUCCAAAAAACAAACGAACCGAAGAUAGACAGGCGAAGGAAGCCCUUUUUGAAUGCGGAUCUAAAUGAAACGCUGUUUACAAUAACGGAUUUGACGUUUGAGGAGCAGAUCGCCGAAAUACAAAAGAGACAAGACUCUGCGAAUUAUAAAAAUGCAGUUUUUAAAUGUACGGCGUGCUUCAAAGGCUUUUUGGAUGAAGACGCGUAUAACGGACACAUGACCAAACAUACGGACCAAUGCGGCGAAUUUGAAUGCGAGAUAUGCAAGACGCACUUCAAACACUCGCACGCGCUGCGUAAACAUGUCACUGCGCAUCACACACAACGAUAUAACUGCAAUCGGUGUCCGUACGUCACGACGCACAGACAAACGGCGAGACUUCACGAGAAAUGGCAUAAAGGGACGAAGUACCAAUGUCCGCAUUGUCUAGACGAAUUCGUCAAAUUCACGACAUAUAUGGGCCAUAUUAGGAUCAAACACCCGUCGGAUUUUAUCUGUGUCAUAUGCGGGUACUCGUUCGUAAGCGAGAAAGGGAUAGAACUACACAAGAAGCUUAAACAUAGGUUGGACGACGGCAAAUUACCAGAGAAUGGACCGCUUUGUGAGCUGUGUAACGUGCGCUUUGUGUCCGACGAGGCUUACAAGAGACAUUUAAGUGUGUCCGCCAGACAUACAAAUUCCAAAGACGACAAAUCUAAAAAAGGUCGAAAGCCACGCGGUAAAAUCGACAAGAACAUCACGCUUCAAGAGAUUUUCGACCGAAAGAAGAACUAUCCGAGCCAAGUGAGGAAGGCCGAGGGGCCCAUACCGUGCGAACAGUGCGGCAUCCAGUUGGAGGAUUCGCGCGCGUACCACAGCCACUUCAGGCGACAGCACCCGGACAAGAAUCGGACCAAUUACCCGUCUAUGAAAUCGCCGUGCAUGUGCGAGGUUUGCGGGAGAAUGUUCCAGAGCUACGCCCUGCUGAAGGACCACUGCUGGGUGCACACGGGCGAGCGGCCCUUCGCCUGUUCGAUUUGCGGCAAAGCGUUCCGCAUGAAGCAGCGGCUCGUCGCCCAUGGGCGGGUCCACAGCGAGCUGCGGGCGUCGUACACUUGCGCGGUCUGCGGCAAGAGCUUCUCCACCCACAGUAAUUGUCAGCGGCAUAUGUUUAUACAUACAGGUCUACGCCCGUACAAAUGUGAAAUGUGUGGGAAAUGCUUCAAACAUUCAAGUGAAAAACGAGCUCAUAUAACGUACGUGCAUUUAAAGAAGCCCUGGCCGAAACGCAAGCGCUCUAGCAAACCGCGCACGUUAGACGCUGGUAUCACAGACAUGGAGCAACAGCCGGUGUGGUCUGCCCAAUGCGACCCAAAAGUCGCCGAAGUCAACGCUUUAAUAGACAAGUCUAUGUACUAUAACCUCAAAAUGUAG